ACGCCCUUCGGCCUCCUCAGAGUGUUCAGCGUCGUGAUCCCUUUCCUGUAUGUUGGCACUCAGAUCAGUAAGAACUUCGCAGCCCUGCUUGAAGAACAUGACAUCUUUGUCCCGGAGGAUGAUGACGACGAUGAUUAA